AUGAUCAGAACAAUAUUGCUUCAGCUACCUAAUCCACCACUGCCACCACCACCACCUCCACCACCACCUCCACCUCCAUCAUCAAGAAUACAAGUUAAGCCAAAAAACGAAUCUUCACCUGGUGGGACAAAGUGGACGUUGCGAACCGAAACAAGAGAUGGUGGUAACAAAAAUUCGAUGACGUCCAGGGCAGAAGGUGCUAUUGAAAUACCGAAACCUCAAUCGGUUGCUUCGCUUCGUGAGCAAAUUGCCAAAAAAUUAGAGGUUAAAAUGCCAUCUACUCCACCACCUUCAACUGGCUGCUCUAUGACAAUUGCUAACGGUCGUACGAGAUUGCCAUUGUGGAUUUCCAGUUCGAAUGGGCAAUAUCCAUAUGUUUCGCAGCCUAAUGACGGAUCAAAUUUUCAGCAUCUAGCACCAAAGAUGUCGAAACCUAGCAGUAAUUCUGAAUCAUUCAAUCAUACAACACUACAGAAACAGUUAUCUGUUGUUCAUGAACCGGUGGAGCGGCACAUAUCUUGCAUAACACCGCUACCAUUCAAUCGUACAGCGACACUUUCUUCUUCAGUUAUCAUCGCUCCGAACAUACUCAACAUUUAUUCCAACAAUACAUCUGUUGUACCAACAUCUUCUUCUUCGGGUACAUUUUCAUCACCAGCAAUCAUUCAUAAAUACGAGGAGAACAACAAUUAUACUUGUUCCCCAGCCAAUGAUAUGGCAGGAUCAAGCCAAUUAAAUGAUUAUCAAAAAUUGAAACCAGUCAAAGAGAGAGUUGACGAUCGUCCACAAUCUUCCUUGCCUUCAACAACAUCAUCCAUUACUAAUGGAACUAUUAGUUUCCAUCAUAGCGCUAUUAGUGAAAAUACUAUUACCACUCCACCAACACUGAAUUCACCAUCAUUCUUCGUUAAUGGUCACAGUACAGAUAGAAAUAAGAUGGCUAUUAGGGAUCUGGAAAUACCUGUAUCAAUCAACCAUAAUGAUAUUGCUCUAGCAAGUAAUCUUGGUACUGAUAUUACUCAGGAAGUAGGAAACCAAUUUGCUGCUUCAUCAUCAUCAAUAGCAACAACACCAUGUGAAAUGCCCCUCUCGAAACCAAUAGAGAUGAGGACCAAAAUGCAGCCUGAAAGCGGUAACCUCCGUCAACUCCAACCAGAACAACAAAAUCCUGCAGCCAGCGCCAUAUUAAAAACAUCUACGCCAUUAGAGCGGGAACUCCAAGGUACCACGAAUACUAUACCUCGCUAUGAUGCUCAUACUGAAAAUUCAAAUCCUUCAGUGCUGAGGUACCAACAAAAAGAACUGUUAACUCCAGCGUCAACCGUGCAGCGAGUAAAUCGAUCUUGGACACCAAAUCCUCAACGUGAUAAUCAAACAAAUUCACUGAAAAACUAUGAGUUGCAGUCAAGACGUAGCAAAAGUGUUGGACGUUAUGUAGAAAGUCAAACUGGGCUAGAACGAUCACAUCAGCUAUCCUCAGAAUCCAUCAAUCGUAGACCUGAAGAAUGGAAACUUGGAUGGUGCCAUGAGUUAGGUGCUGCAUCCUCUUGUCCAUCAUCCUCAUCAAUACAUCAUUACACCACUAACUGCUUUGCUCAACAACGCUCUAAAACUCAACAUUUCCACUUACCACCUUAUCGGUUUCAACAGGACUGUAAACGAACAGAGAAUUCAACGAUGGUGCCACCUGUACUAACAGCAUCUCCCUCAAAAUGUUUAUAUUGUGGUUUACCUUGUCAUAGUUUAUCAUGGAGUGAGGUUGAAUAUCUCUGUAAGACAUUGGACAAAAAACGAAUUCAUGUGGAAUCGUUUACGGAGCAAUUGGCUAAACUUGUCAAAUCAACAGCAAUCGGCGAACGCUUAGAUCAGUCUGUUAUGUAUCUGCAAAGUUUAGUUGAUUGCUUGGAAGCUUGUGGAAAUAAUAGUAUCAAUAGCAGGAGAAGCAGAAAUCACAGCAUAUCAUCAGCAUCGCUUUCUACUCCUAACCGUUAUUGUAUUCACAAACAUCUCACCAACUUAACAACAACUCUCUGUUCAUCUUGCUCACCUUAUAGCAGUUCAGAUAGGCGAAAAGUGAAUGGUCAGUCAGUCAGUGAUGUAGCCGAAAUAAAAAAGCUUGCGAAAUAUGAAGUUCUCAUCCGGCAAAAAGUUGAGAAGCUUUCCGAAGAAUUGGAACAACAAAGAAAUCGACGGCACGGAUAUGUGCCUUCUGCUUCUCCGGCCCUUCAGAAAAAUUUUGAUCGCUUUAAUGGAUUGAUCAACGAAUUUGGACGAUCAGAACGUGCUACCACACCUCAGACAAUAUCACAACCAGAAAUUGCGACUUGUACUGCACUUUUCUCUUUUGAAGCUAUUAGUCCCAAAGAAUUAUCAUUUAAUCGUGGUGAUGUGAUACGGGUGUAUCGCAUAAUUGAUAUUAACUGGAUGGAAGGCGAACAUGACGGUCAAAUUGGCAUCUUCCCUUCUUCCUACGUACAAGUAAUUAACAACGAUGAGGAGAGCGAGCAAAUCAAACUGAUCGCUUUAUAUCCAUUUUCCGCUAGAAAUAAGAAUGAGUUACCUCUGAAAAAGGGUGAAACGUUGCGUUAUUUACGAAAUAUUGAUGCCAACUGGUUCGAGGGUAAAAAUGCUCAUGGACAAACUGGAAUUUUCCCGAAAUCAUAUGUUCACAAAGCAUGUGAGGUCAAUCUGCAUGACAAUAAUGAAACGAUAGUACCGGAUAGGCCUAAAACACCACAUACCAGUAUUACUCCAUUCAGUGUCAAUCAAGUUGUUGCUAAAUAUGGUUUUGGAAUUUCGAAAGAUAUCGGUUUUAAUUUCAACAAGAGUUAA